AUUUCUCCGGUUUUCACUUUUCCUAGCCUAAUUUCUCUGCCCAGCAGCCCAGCCAUCUACAUUCACAGACUUCCAGUUCGUGGCUUCAGGUUCAAGCUCCCGCCACAGUUCUUGGCUUCCAGUUCGUGGCUUCAAGUCCGCUCCGUUGCAGCACCUCGGUGGGUCGGUUUCUCGGUCCGUCGCAGCACCUCGGUGGCUCGGUGUCUAUCAGUAUCUGUUCUUUCUUUCUUCACGGACAAAACCGUAACCCUAAAAAAUCUCGCGCAGUCACAGGGAGAGAGAGAUAGAGAGAGAGAGACAUGGAUAAAGUGAGAAUUGAAGAGGUUCAGUCCACGACAAAGAAGCAGCGCAUUGCUACACAUACUCAUAUCAAAGGUCUUGGCCUCGAGGCCAAUGGAAGAGCAUUACCUUUGGCUGCCGGAUUUGUGGGUCAGGCAGAGGCAAGGGAAGCAUCUGGUCUUGUUGUUGAUAUGAUACGGCAGAAGAAGAUGGCUGGCCGGGCACUUUUAUUCGCUGGACCUCCUGGUACUGGAAAAACAGCCCUGGCCCUUGGAAUAGCCCAGGAGCUUGGGAGCAAGGUCCCUUUCUGCCCAAUGGUUGGAUCUGAAGUAUACUCAUCAGAAGUAAAGAAAACUGAGGUUUUGAUGGAAAAUUUUCGGCGGGCCAUUGGUCUACGUAUCAAGGAAAAUAAAGAAGUCUAUGAAGGAGAGGUGACUGAACUCUCCCCAGAAGAAACUGAGAGCAUGACAGGUGGCUAUGGUAAGAGCAUUAGCCAUGUGAUCAUUGGAUUAAAAACUGUGAAAGGAACCAAGCAACUGAAGUUGGACCCAACAAUCUACGAUGCCUUGAUUAAAGAAAAGGUAGCUGUUGGUGAUGUUAUAUAUAUUGAAGCAAAUAGUGGGGCAGUGAAGAGGGUGGGAAGAAGUGAUGCUUUUGCUACAGAAUUUGACCUUGAGGCAGAAGAGUAUGUUCCACUUCCUAAAGGAGAGGUUCACAAAAAGAAGGAGAUAGUUCAGGAUGUAACACUACAUGAUCUAGAUGCUGCAAAUGCACGACCUCAAGGGGGGCAAGAUAUACUAUCUCUAAUGGGUCAGAUGAUGAAACCUAGGAAAACUGAGAUCACUGACAAGUUACGACAAGAAAUUAAUAAGGUUGUUAACAGGUAUAUUGAUGAGGGUGUAGCAGAACUUGUCCCUGGAGUUCUAUUUAUUGAUGAGGUACACAUGCUGGAUAUGGAAUGCUUUUCAUACUUGAAUCGUGCAUUAGAGAGCUCACUAUCCCCUAUAGUAAUAUUUGCUACGAAUAGAGGAAUAUGCAACGUAAGAGGGACUGAUAUGAGUAGUCCUCAUGGCAUACCUGUUGACUUGUUGGACCGGUUGGUGAUUAUUCGAACACAGAACUAUGAUAUUGCUGACAUGAUAAAGAUUUUAGCUCUUCGUGCAAAUGUGGAGGACCUGGUUGUAGAUGAUGAAAGUUUGGCUUACCUUGGCGACAUUGGACAACGAGCAUCAUUAAGGCAUGCAGUUCAGUUGAUGUCGCCUGCCAGUAUUGUGUCAAAAAUGAACGGUCGAGACAAAAUUUUCAAGGGGGAUAUUGAGGAAGUGAGUGCACUAUAUCUGGAUGCAAAGUCUUCAGCAAGAAUUCUUCAGGAGCAGCAGGAAAAAUACAUUUCAUGAUAGUUCAAUAUAACUUCCCUGAAUGUCGAAGGUAGCCCUGAAUUUUGAAGGAGUAGCAUUUAUUCUAGAUCAGCUUCGGUCACGGAUUUACUAUGACUAUGAGUGGGAGGUUUGGUUAAAAAAAAAAUAUGGGCUUUACAUGGCUGUUGGCUUGUGUGUUUAGGCAAAUUGUUUCUGAAGCCUUUGGAGAAUGGGGAAAUAUGUAAUUUUCACUUGCAUUGUAAGUUAUGCUGUUCCUGAUUUGAAUUGUGAAUGUCAGCACCGAUUUGAGAGACUGGUGAGAACUUGAGAUGUUGAGCUAUUCCUUUAGAGCAGGGGUUGCCAUUGCUUUAAAAUUUCGUCCUUGACCCUUACAUGCUCUUCAUCACAAGUUUCUUGAUACAUCUAGUUCGAAGAGUGCAGAAUCACAUGGAGUACUAAUGACUGGUUUGGAUA